AUGAAACAGCCACUUCAGGUGCGUGACCCGAGCAGCGCCUCUGACAGCGAGGAGGCCAACGGUCUGGAAGCGCAUCAGGUAGCGCCGCACACCAACGGCACCAACGGAGGGGCCACCGGUGGAGAGGCCGUUGGUCUGCCCACCUUCAGCGUUGGCUGGGCGCAGAGCCACGGCAACCGGCCAUACCAGGACGACCGCUUUGUGGAUUUUGUGCUGCAGCUGCCUACCGGCGGCAGCGCGUUUGUGUGGGCGGUCGCGGACGGCCACCACAAGCACCAUGUGUCGGAGCUGGUGUGUGAGGAACUAGAGGAUGUGCUGAGCGUGGCGGUGGGGCAGCACCCCAGCCUGGAGGCGGCGCUGCACGCCGCUAUCCGCCGCCUGGACGACAACGUGUUUUCGCGGCACGCACAGGGCCUGCUGGACACCGGCGGCACCACACUCAUCGUGCACGUUCUCACCGCCAGCCACGUGUACACUGCCAACGUGGGCGACUGCAAGAGCGUGCUGAGCUCGAGGGGCGCCUGCGUGGAGCUCAACACCUGCCACAACCCAAACGUGCCCUCCGAGCGCGACAGGUUCCAGGCGGUGGGCAUCUACUGCUCCGCCGACCACAUCGGAGGGUCGGACAUCAACGUGUGCCGCACCCUCGGCGACUACGACCUGGGCAUGCCGCUUAAGGGGCGGGACGCCGAGGGCCGCCAGCUAGGACCCCUCAUCUCAGAGCCCGAAGUGUGCGUGGUGGCGCUGGACGAGAUGAGCGAGUUUGUGAUCACCGCCAGCGACGGCCUCUGGGACUACUACUCGCCAGAGAGCAGCGUGCUGAGCGACACGCGGCGCACGAUGCGGCGGCUGGAGGAGGAUCCGCAGCUGGUGGCGCAGUGGCUGCUGGACGAGGCGCUCGCGCACCAGCAGCGCACGCUGCACCCGGGCACCCCCGGCGACAACAUCACCGUGCUGGUGGUGAAGCUGCGGCCGCUGCCGCCGCUGCCUCGCUCCACGGGCAGCCGCCUCUGCCUGCUGCGGGGCGGCUCAGGCGACCUCACAAGCCCCAAGCUAGCAGAUCUGCCCGAGCUGUCUGGGAGUGGAGAGCUGUAUGGCGGGGCGCUGUCGCCCGCCGAGAGCUCCCGCCAUCAGGUGCUGCAGCGGCGGGCAUCGCAGCAGAAGGCGAUGCUGCGGCAGCACUCCUCUCAGAGAUGCUCCUCCGACCUUCAGCUGCAGCAGGAGCAGCAGCAGCAGCAGCAGCAGCAGCAGCAGCAGCAGCAGGAUAGCUUACAACAGUAGCCCGCCUGCCGCUCCCCUGUGCUGGGAGCGCCGCCAGCGAUUGAGUUUUCUCACUGGCUUGCCAACUUUCUCACUGGCUUGCCAACUAGGCUAGCUGACAUCUUAUUGCGAGGCACUGAGACCCCCCUGGUCUAGGGGUAUGGCCCUUCACGGGUGAAACGCCGCGCCCGCUGCCCUUCCUGGGUAGUUUUUUAGCCGGCGCUCUAGGCUAGCCAACAGCGAGCCGCUGUGUUUUUGAACCUCCCCUUGCAGCUGGCCCGUGCCCCCUGUGCGCCAGUGCUCCAACGCAUGCACACAUGCCACCGUCGAUUCUUGGCUCUUCUCAUGAAUCCUCGACGCUAUUCUUGCGCUGACCACUCCUUGCUUCUCUUAUGACGCUGCUCCCAAAACUGACCCGCGUCUCCAUGCACCACCUACAGCCGGCUGCCCC